AUGUCGAGUGAUCCAUCCCAUGGGGAUCAAGAUGCCAACAAUCCGAUCCAAGCACCGGUAGCAAGCGGCGACCGGCUUGCGCCUGAACCGGCGAACAAAACCGACUUCCAUGUCGAAGAGUCGUCUUCAUCUCCGUCAUCGUCACCAUCGCCCUCGGAAACUCGUUUCGGCAUUUCUUCCUGGGAUGAUUCAUCGCCACGAUCUGACCAGGAUUAUCUCGAGAAAACGACAACCGCACAGGAUGCGGGAGGACGCGAUAUCCAGAUGCAGCGGACCGCGACCAGCGCGUCGUGGGCCGGUCCCGUACAUUCAGUCUUCAGCCCGAACCAGAAAAGAUUCAUCGUCUUCAUGGCUGCGUGGGCGGGAUUCUUCUCUCCGGUGUCCGGAAACAUCUAUCUCCCCGCAUUGAACCCUCUGGCUCGAGACUUGCACGUGUCCGACACGCUGAUCAACUUGACCUUGACAUCUUAUAUGAUCUUCCAAGGCCUUGCUCCUGCUUUCUUCGGAGACUUCGCCGACGCUGCUGGCCGGCGUCCUGCAUAUGCCGUCUGCUUUGUCAUCUAUAUAGCGGCGAACAUCGGUCUGGCAUUGCAAAACAGCUUCGCCGCCCUCUUCGUGCUUCGAUGUCUUCAAAGCACAGGCAGCAGUGCCACCAUUGCUAUGUGCAGUGCCGUCGUGUCGGACGUGGCCACGGCCUCCGAACGCGGGAAGUAUAUGGGCUUGACGUUCGCCGGUUCGCUCCUUGGUCCUGCCAUCGGUCCCGUCAUUGGCGGUGUCCUGGCCGACUUUCUCGGCUGGAGAGCCAUCUUUUGGUUUUUGGUCAUCUUGGGCGCGGCGUUCAUCAUUGUCUUUGCCAUCUUCUUCCCUGAGACAGCACGAAACCACGUCGGCAACGGAUCCAUCCCACCCAAAGGCUGGAACAUGUCAUUGAUGAACUACCUCGCGGUUCGAAAAGCGCGCCGCCUCAAUCCCACGCAAGACGGCCUAUCCGCCACCGACGGACAAUCGGCAGUCUUGCCACCCAGACCGAAAUUCCGCUUCCCCAACCCGCUGAGGUCGUUGACUCUGAUCUUCGACAAAGAGAACGCGCUUCUACUGUUCUACAACGCGUUCCUGUUCGCGGCCUUCUACGACGUGACGUCGGCAUUGCCGUCCCAACUGAAGAAGAUCUUCGGAUACAACGAGCUGCAAAUCGGUCUGUGCUACAUCCCGUUCGGGGUGGGCUCCAUGUCCGCGGCGCUGAUCAACGGGCAGCUACUCGACCGCAAUUUCGCGCGCUGGUGCCGGAAGCUGGGGCUGAAGAUCAAGAAGGGCCGCGACCAGGAUCUGCGCUCCUUCCCGAUCGAAAAGGCCCGGCUGCAAGUCGCCAUCCCGGCCGCCUACUCUUCCGCCGUCUUGGUCUGUGUGUUUGGCUGGGUGCUGGACAUCGGCGGGCCCCUGGCCCCGUUGCUGGUGCUGCUGUUCUUCAACAGUCUGUCCAUGUCCAUCGCCUUCAACGUCACCAAUGCCCUCAUGGUCGACUUCUACCCCAAGUCCCCAGCCACCGCGACCGCCGCGAACAAUGUCGUCAGAUGUCUCCUCGGCGCUGGAGCCACUGCGGCGAUCGUGCCCAUGAUCGAAGCCAUGGGUCGAGGCUGGACGUUUACUUUCUUGACCUUCUUCCUGAUUGCCACCUCGCCUAUGCUGUGGCUGAUUUAUUUCCGCGGUAUGAAGUGGCGUUCCGAGCGCUAUGACAGGGAAGACCGGGCUCUCAAGAUCAAGGAGGAGAAAAUGAAUGCGGCGGGCUCCGGAGAGAAUGGUCUUGUGCCUGUGGUGGAUGAUACUACUGAUGGUGAUGGUAAUGUCAGUGGUAGUGGUCUGCCGCCGGUCGAAGGUGGUCUUCCUGAGAUGGCCGCGGUGGUGGAGAAAGAGAGGGAGGACGAGAAGGGGAUGGGAGUAGACAAGUGA